AUCCUUUGUUUCCGUUACUUUAGAUUUUUGUCAUGAAGUAGACACCUCUAGACUAAAGGUAGACGUUGCUCCGUCUUGCCAACCACAUAACUUGGAAUCAAAUAGCAGGGCCGUCGUCCAAGCCACUAUCGUUGUUUAGAGAAUUUGAACUAGAUUUCAAAAUGCAGACAAUUGUUGCUGGGCUGUUCCUUCGAUGCAUUAGCGGCAUAUUUUUGAUUGCUUUCCUGUCUUUGUAUUGCCAAAUUCCUGGCUUGUACGGUCGCAAUGGAAUUCUCCCUGUGCAUGGCCUACUGCCACUGUCAGAGGAUCCUUUGAUCGACUUCUUGAAGAAGGGCCAUACUUUGCUGUGGUUCAUGCCCUCAAUUGGAUUGGAUCCAGAACAUGGAAUGGAAUUACUGUGUUUGCUGGGUUGUGCCCUAUCAGGACUGAUGCUGUUAUGGGAGCGGGCUCGGUCCUCAGUAUCCUUCUUUGUAUUAUGGCUGAUGUACCUAUCAGUGUACCAGGUGGGACAAACCUUCCUCUCGUUUCAGUGGGACAUUCUGCUGCUCGAAACUGGGUUUUUGGCCAUAUUUGUAGCACCCAUGUUUGGUGGUAAACCACGCAACUAUAACAUUGGCUUGUGGCUGGUGAAGUGGCUCUUGUUUCGCCUAAUGUUUGCUAGUGGUGUCGUCAAGUUGACUAGCCGUUGUCCAACUUGGUGGGGAUUGACGGCUCUUGAUUACCAUUUCGAAAGCCAGUGCAUACCACUACCGCUAGCAUGGUUCUUCCAUCACUCGCCGGAGUGGUUCCGCCGACUGAGUGUGGUUGCGACGUACGUUAUUGAGAUUGCCGCUCCAUUCUUAUUCUUUUUACCCGUCAGGAGUCUGCGUCUUCUGGGAUUCUGGCUGCAGAUUAUAUUCCAAAUUUCUAUCAUUCUAACCGGGAACUAUAAUUUCUUCAAUCUCCUGACCUGUGUUCUCUGCUUGCCUCUGUUGGAUGACAAGGUCUUCAUGUCUAAGUCUGCAGCGGAGAAGUGCACACAGCAGACUUGGUCGGUCAGGGCACUCGCUUCCGUUGUUGGCUUGAAAGCAAGCAUGUUUAUUCACAAAGCUGCUAGUCGUAUCGUUUUCUUUGGUGUCAGUGCUGUGGUCUUGUAUUUGACCGCUGUCUACUUCAACGUGAACUUUAACAGCAACGGGCAAUUUGUUGAGACGUCGGUCAACUUCUCGGAGCAAGAGUUUUUUGCAGCUUUGAAGUAUGUUAUGCCAUUGACCAUUUGGAUGGCUGUUUUCUCACUUGCUGUGAAGCUUGCUGAAGGUGUGCUGCACUGCCUGGAGCAGAGGUCUGUCUUCUCUUUCCUGUCGUCUAUCGUUCACAUUGUGCUGAUAAGCUCUGCGGCCGUGUUCAUGUUUACGAUCAGCUUGGUACCACAUAGUGUAUUGGAUCAGGGUCUUCAGUCUCGUCUCUGGCCUGUUGUUCACCAAUGGCAUCACCAGACGUCGUCGAUUCACCUGACGAGCCCGUAUGGUUUGUUCCGACGCAUGACUGGUGUCGGUGGUCGUCCAGAGGUGAUCGUGGAAGGAAGCAAUGACUUAUCCAGUGGCUGGAAAGAGUACGAUUUUCUGUACAAGCCUGGCAACGUGUCCGGCCAACCGCCCAUUGUCACUCCACAUCAGCCUCGCCUUGACUGGCAAAUGUGGUUUGCUGCACUAGGCAGGUACCAGGAUAAUCCAUGGCUCAUUAGCAUGGUUGACCGCCUUCUAGCCGGUGAGAAGACCGUCUUGGACCUCAUCCAUCGAAGCCCGUUCCAAACACCACCGAAAUACAUCCGUGGAAAGCUGUAUCAUUAUCAUUUCACCAAACUAGAUGACGCCACUUCUGCCUGGUGGAGGAGAGAAGAAGUCGGUGAGUAUUUCCCUCCUCUCACUAGCACUGAGAAGUCUUUCCGCGCCUUCCUGGAUCAUCACAAUCUCGGUGAUCGCAACUACCCCCAUCAAAGCAACGAAGGGUAUAUGCUUGAUUUUCUUUCAUUGGCUCGUCAGCACUGCACCGGUGUAUCCGCGCCUGGCCUAAUUGGCAUGCUUCUGUUUGCACUCCUUGCUUUGCACUUUACCUUCCGCUUUUUCUUCCCACAGUAGACCGGCCGCCUUAGAUCAUGGCAUUACAUUUUGGGUUAGCUCAUGCUGACUCGUGCUCUGAUCCUGGCUGGAUUACACUGCUAUUGCUCAUGCUGGUAUAUUUUUCUCACUUUCCCUGUGUAUAUUUUUGCUGAGAAUUGCUCUUGCCAGCUGACGGAAAGCUGAGUGUCUCGCCAUUUGCAAGUGUACUUUUCCCAGAUUUAAUACAAGUAUUUUGCUGACUGUUGUGGUGCAAGCCACCAUUUUUAGUGACUUGCAGGAUGUCAAAUUUUCAAUCGAAUUCUAGCCUGUUUCUAUUUCUUGGCAUUGGUGUUUCGCUGACAAGGUGAAAUUAUUUGACCAAUC